GACGACCAAGUCAAGCAGCUCUAAUGGUCCUCGGCAAGUUCAUUCGUCACUACCUGGACCGCGAGCCCAUGGUGGUGCUAUCGUGCGCCAUCGGCGCCGUGGGCGUGACUCUCCCGCUGGUCGUAGUGCCCAUUCGUCGAUCCAUGGGCCUUCCCACAGACCAGUACGACGGCCCCAUCAUUCCCGAUUACAUCAAGAAGUCGCGCGGCCACUUGGCAACACCCGAGCCCGUCACGGCGGCAUAAAUUCAAGAGACAAGUUGCACCUGUCAAUACAAACACCAGGAUGUUCGACACACGUGCUUCUCAAAGUUUGGCUGAUGUAGAAUGGCAGGUAAUAUAUUCACGAUGAAAGACCUCGUC